AUGUUUUGCUUGUGAAAAUGUUGUCUGCUGUUCGUAAACAAUCUGCGAAUGUGAGAGGUCUCAAAAAAUCCUUCCCGUGCUAGUCAGUUUUCGUAGCUGAUAAGCCGAUCACGCUUAUCGGUGGUGCCCGCAGAUCGCCUCCUUCGAUGAUCGUGUGCUUCGCAACAGCAUGAAAAGGAUGGCCCUCGAACCAACAGCAAAGGAUUAUCAGGAUGCGCUGUCCAAGGUGACACUGGUGGAACGGAACCCGGCCCCGAAUGGAACACCGAUCGUCAGCAUGUAUCGGACCGGGGUGCGUGAGGCGAACGACAUUGUGAGCCUUGCCAAAGAAAUCCAAUCCGCGGAUGUGGCCGUUACGAACAAUGCGUGUGCGAAGCUGGUGCUGAUUGCCGAGCAGGUUCGCUUCCUGCAGCAGCAGGCCAAAAAGAUUCUGGAGGAAACGCAAACCGCACAGGAGCUGCACCAUGCGGCGUGCAAUUUUCGCAAAAUACCAGGCAAAGUUUACCACCUUUACCGCCGCGAAUCUGGUCAAACGUACUUCAGCAUGCUGUCGCCGGACGAGUGGGGAUCGACGGGCGGCUGCCAACAUCAGCACCUGGGCAGCUACAAACUGGAACACGACCAAACCUGGACACCGGUCGAGAAGGUAGAGGCGGUGCAGGAAAACGUUCGGUGGGCCCAGCGGAUGCUUGACGCCGGAAUGAGCGUCAAGCGGGACGAUUUCGUUUCGAUCGACAAGGUUGCAAUGAACGGAGACAAGAUGGAAUCUUAGACCAUGCGAUUAGUGUUAAAUUAUUGUUACCUCGAUUGGCGAAUAAAACUGUGAGUUCCCGAAUUGAGACACAAACUCGGCAACGUUGAUUUCGUCAAACGUUUUACAUUCGCUAUAUAUUUGGAUUAUGGUUCCGAU